AUGGCAACCCCUGCUGCCAUGGGGAGGGUGCAGACCUGGAGGGUGGCGGACGAGAUCGAAACCUUGUCGGACCAUCUGAUUAUCGAGAUGGAACUGUCCGUCACCCCCAAUGGCCUGAGGCCGGUCCAAAGGAAGGAACCCCGACCUGGAAGAUGGUCACUGGCCAAGCUGAACAGGGGAUCCUGGAGAUCUCCCUGGAAGGCUCCACCUGGCCACGACGAAGGGAAGGGCAGGACCUUGACUCUUGAGGUCAUGGAGGUCAUGGACAUACUCGCACAGGCGUGCGACGCCUCCAUGCCCAGAGUCAGGUCCUGCCCGAAACGGUCCGCCUGGUGGUGGUCCGACCACAUAGCCGAGUUGAGGCGCAGGUCGGUCCACCCCAGGCGGACGUUUCGAAAUGAGCGGAAUAAGCGACCCCAGGACCCUGAGGCCGUCCUGGCCACCCGGAUGGAAUUCUGCAAAGCAGCAGUAGAACUCAGAGAGGCCAUCGGGGUGGCCAGAGGAAGAGGGUGGGACGACCUCCUCCUCUCACUAGACGCUGACCCGUGGGGGCGUCCAUACAGAAUGGUAAUGCAGAAGAUGAGACCAUGGACGCCCCCAAAGACGGUGACGCUUGACCCCCGGUUCUUGGAGAGGGUGAUGGGAACCCUAUUCCCCGGUUGGGGAGGGUAA